UGGCUGCUAAUGUUCAGUGUUCGCUUGAGGAAGGAUCUGAUUCUAUACAUGACUUCACUUGCGAUGCUUGCCAUAAAGGUCUGGCACAGUUUUUCUGCCGAGAAUGUUCUAAAUGUUACUGUGAUAAUUGCGUUAAACUACACAAACAACUCUUCGUAGACCACGAAAGAGUACUUGACAGAGGGCAGGUCGCACAAUGGCCGGUUUCGACGACGGCAUUAGACAGAGUGGAGUUUUGCACAGAGCACAAGGAAAUGAAAAUACACAUGUUUUGUGAAGAUCAUAGUGAACUUAUAUGUCAGACGUGCAUUUCGUCACAACACAGACACUGUGUGAAAGUAACGUUGACUUCACAAAAAGGCAAAGUUGAAAGUUGCAGGGAGUUAUUAUCACAAAUACAGAAAAUACAAGGAGAGCUGCUGCUUAGCCUUAACAAAAACGAGAACAACAUCCAGUCAACUGAAGCCUCUCACAAGAUGAUUCUACAGGCUAUAAAAGACCUUCGAAAGAACAGAGAUGACUCAUUUGACAAACUUGAAGAUAUUACCAAGCAAGAGCUAAAUGGCAUAAUGACCAGCUUGAUGCCGUCCCUGCAGCUAAACAGAGAACAAUGCAUCCACUUUCAGACGGAUCUUAAAUGUUUUGGCGAUACUUUACAAGACGUUGAGAAAAAAAGCAAAGAGUUUCUCUUUAUAGCUCAAACGAAAUAUCUUCAGCAGUUGAAAAAAUCAAGAACAUUUAUAGGCGACAUAUUGCAUCAUAAUGAAUAUGCCAUGGAAUUUGUCCCCAACAAAAGAAUUGAACAGCUCUUACCCAAUAUAACGUGUCUUGGACGAAUCAUACAACCAAACAAGGUCAUUUCAAUGCAUUCGAAAAUAAAGCAUAAACUAAGUAUAAGCGGUAUUGAUAGGUGGUCGUGCUAUCCCUAUGGCAUGUGUGAGGUAGAUAAAUUAAUAAUUGUUGUUGACAAUCGGAACAGUCGAGUUAAGGUGUUUGACGAGCUAAGCCAAGUAGUCAGCCACUUUGAUGUACCUAUUACUCCAUGGGAUAUUUGUAUGGUCUCUGAUCGCGAGGUUGCUGUUACUGUGGAUAAUAAUGAUAAUACACACGGAGUCCAGUUUUUCAAUUUAGUCAAUAUGCAGUUGGCAAAAAGCAAUAAUUAUCAACUGGAUCAUGCUUGUCAUGGUAUUGCCUGUCAUAAGAAUGAUCUGUUUAUCACGUCAAAUACAGAAUUGUACCACUACACAUUAGAUAAAACUCUAAUUCUGAAGAGGAAAUUGUAUGAGGAUACUUCACACAAACAUGCAGUUUUCAAGUGCGCCGUGAGUCUAAGUGGAAACAAAAUCUAUGUCACCGGCAAUUCCCAAAACCAGCUUUUAACUCUGACCAGGGACGGAUCUGUGCUAUCCACAUUAACCGAUCCUGAGCUGACACGCCCAGGGAGCGUCCAUGUGACUUUUGCAGGCCAGGUGUUGGUAUGUGGUAUCUCAUCUCGAUGUAUAAUACAGGUAGAUAGUACGGGGCGAAAGAAGAUAGCUACGUUGGUUACAAGGACUGAUUUGGACGCUGACCCAGCGUCCGUUUUGUACAGCCGUAGCAAGGAUUCUGUGAUUGUUGGACAAUGUAAAAACGAUUUUUUGUUGGAGUUCCAGAUUAAGUGAAUAACUGCUGGUGACAUUUUAAUGUACGUGAAAUUUUAUGCUUUAAUGACCCAACUUACAUGCAGGUUUAUGUGUUUUAUGUAUUUAUGUGUGCAUGGUAAACAAAUAACGAACACAAAUGUGUUCUGCCCUACAUGGGCAUUAUUCUGGGGGUUUCCUCUCCAAAAUCGAUAUUAAUCGUUUCGGUCUGUUAUAUUAGAGACGUUCAAUAACAGCACAAUCAUAACAGCACAUCUAAUAGACAAAAACAGUAGAUUGAUGAUGUUAAGUUCAAGUGAGCGACGUAGGGUCAUCAUAACCCAAUAUUUUUUUAGUUGUAAUAGUUAAAAAUAUUAUGUGCCAGUUAAACUUAAUAAAAUCAUAUCGUUUUACUCUCGGUUAUAACAUAUUGUCGUCUACUGUUUCACUGUGUUAGUACUAACUACU